CUGAGUGCUGAUUUUGUAUUAUUUGUAAGUGGCUAAAUGUUUGGUAGUGCAGCUUGCUAGGUCAGAAGAUCCUCUAGUGCAGCCUUUUUCAACCAGCCUUUUUCUCUGGUCACCACCUGUACCAUGUCUGCAGUCUCUGGUCAUCUCCUGUACCGCAUCCGCAGUCUCUGGUCAUCCCCUGUACUGUGUCUACAGUCUCUGGUCAUCCCCUGUAAUGUGUCCACAGUCUCUGGUCAUCUCCUGUAGUAUGUCCGCCUCUCUGGUCAUCUCCUGUACUGUGUUCGCAAUCUCUGGUCAUCUCCUGUACUAUGUCUGCAGUCUCGGGUCAUCCCCUGUACUAUGUCCGCAGUCUCUGGUCAUCUCCUGUACUAUGUCUGCAGUCUCGGGUCAUCCCCUGUACUAUGUCCGCAGUCUCUGGUCAUCUCCUGUACUAUGUCCCUGGUCAUCUCCUGGUUCAAUCUCUGGUCAUCUCCUGUACUGUGUCCGCAGUCUCUGGUCAUCCCCUGUACUAUGUCCGCAGUCUCUGGUCAUCUCCUGUACUAUGUCCGCAGUCUCUGGUCAUCUCCUGUACUAUGUCCGCAGUCUCUGGUCAUCCCCU